AUGUCUGGAACGGAGGCACAUGGCGGCGAUACGAGUCCUACGCGUCAGCCAAGGCAGAGUAGAAUUCACAGCGUCGGGUUACCGACUCGAACGUCCCUGCUUCCGGAACCCCCGCCCGCCGGAAGUGGCACUCCACCGCCGAUACCGCGCCGCCAUUCAGCCACACCUGCGGUCGCUCCGCCACCGAUACCGUUGCGGCCGCCAGCGAUCCCGAAACGGAGCAAAAACGAGAAACCGAUCCCCAUACAGACGAAUCGACCUCGAAAAGCGAGCGACCCGACCUCGCUACCAUCCACGUCCAUCGUCUCAGCGCCUCUCCAUUCGUGGCCGAACAACGAGAAGUUGAUCGAUCUGGGCCCGUUGCAGGCCCAGAUCGGUAAUCUGCGACCCGAUUACCCCUCGUUGAGCUUCGCGGCGGGGAAAGAGGAGGGCGAGGGUAACGAGUUCGUGGCGGAUUUCGACAAGGCGAAUUUCCUAUCCGAGGAGGAUUGCGGCAAGGAAUCGGGGGAGAAGUCGAGUUUCGAGGAAUUGCAGAAGGCGUCGCGGGAUCUCGAGAAGCGGUUGCACGAGAGGAUCGUGGCGAGCGGCGAGUUCAAAGAUCAGGCGGCGAGCAGGGAGGAAAGGCGGAGGCAGGCGAAUGCGCAGAAUAACAGGGUGCAGUCGUCCAAGUCGGGGAAGGAGAGUUUCAAGGAAGUUGGAGACGGAAAGGCUCGAGAAAAAAUCACAGGAUCCCGAAGGGAGGUCCCGCAGGACGAGGAGACGAAGUUUGCAGCCCUGGUCAGGUCGCAUCGCGAGGCGGAGAAGAGGUGCAAGUUCGAAGAGCUUCAGGCAGCCUCGAGGAAGCUCGAAAGACGGUUGUACGAGGAGGAUGAGCAUCUGAGGGCGAACAAGGAGAGACCUGGCAGGUACGAGGAGGUGCAGAGAGGGUCGCAGGAUCUCGAGAGACGACUGCAUUCCGAGCAGAAAUCCGCCGAAGCUGCACCGCGCGGCAAGUACGAGGCGGAGAUGGACAGGGUGAGGAACAUCUUGCAGCACAAUCUUAGGAAGGAGAGGAACUGCGAAAAAUUGGAGAAGCUACCAAAGGCGACCCAGACGAAUCUCCCCCCUCCUCUGAGCGCGAUCUCGCAGAGCUCGGUGCCGAAGCCUAUGAGCGUCCGCCAGGACAGCAAUGUUUCCUCGGAUAGUUUCAGCCAGACGAGUUCCCCCAGUUACACCAGCAAGACCAUGGAGGCUCCUCUUUUACCCCAUAAAUACAGCAAAGUGCCAGACAGAGCGCUGGUCUCGGAGCCGGAGAACUCGUCGGGACGGACGAUCACCAAAUCGACCAGCACGCCGGCCAGCCUCCAAGCGAUCGUCAGAGUUCACGGAGGGAACAAUAGCUCCUUGCAUCAAAAGAUCAUCAGUGACAUGGCCAGCAGCCACUACGUAACCAAUGGGGGAUUGCGUUUUAGAUUCGUCCAGGUGUUCUUCAACGCUGUCGCCCUGUUGGUCAUUGCCGGUGGUCUGACCAUUUACUUCAAAUCGUAUCCCGAGACGCUCAUAAGGGUGGAGAACAAAACGAUCUACACGAAAAUGGUCGCUGUUACGGAACGUGCCCUACCGGCGAUCGAGGAGAAGAAUCCGGCCCCCGGCGUUUGCCUGCCCAUAAUCGUGGCGUUUUGCAAAUACCACAAGAUCCCGUAUAAUUUCACCAUCUUCCCGAAUUACAUGGGCAAUUUCGGGCAGCGAGACGCUCAACACGAGUUGGAACUUUACAGUGCCGUGAUCGACGUCAAAUGCUACGAAUUGGCCGCCCUCUUUCUGUGCAGCGUUUUCGUCCCGAAAUGCGGAUCCCGGGGCCACGUGGUGCGACCUUGUCGCAGCCUCUGCUAUCAUACCAAGAGACGUUGCGGAUUUUUCCUGGACGUGUUCGGCCUCACUCUGCCCGAGUAUCUGGAAUGCGAUCUGUUCCCGGAGAAUUCCAAUUCGGACGAGUGUGUGGGGCACCAAGAAGUGCUGGAUGCGGCCCGGAGAGCGGAGAAACCCGUAUGCACCAGCGGGUUCCAAUGCGAUGGGACCAGAUGCAUUCCGGUCGACUGGCGAUGCGACGGCCACUUGGAUUGCGAGGAUCACAGCGACGAGAUUGGAUGCGGUGAGUGCGCCGCCUCCUCCUCUCCCUCCUCAUCCUCCUCUGCCUUCACCACCAAGAUCGUGAAGAAGCCCAUCCUGGCGAAGAACACCGUCUCCAAGUCGCCCUUGCAUUGCGGGGAGAAAAGAUGUAUGUCGGCGAACCACAUCUGCGACGGGGUGAUGGACUGUCCUUGGGGUCAGGACGAACGAUAUUGCUUGAGAUUAAGCCAAAGAAACGGAGACAUGGGCGAGGGAAGGUUAGAAGUUUAUCACGCAGAGAUGGGCAAGUUUAUGCCAGCUUGCAUUCCUUACUGGGAUUCGAAUUCCGCUAAAACUAUCUGCUCAAUGCUCGGAUAUACGGUGGCACUUUCGUACAGAUUGGCGCAAGAUAUGAAUCUCACUCGAAGAGAGAACACGAGCCAGCAUACCAAUCUUCUGAAGGAAUUUCAGGAAUGUAUUACGGAUCAGGAGGCGUAUCCCACUGCGGAAUUGACGUGUUCGGAAUAUGCUUGUGGGCGAAGAAACACAGUUUAUGGAAACGUGAGGGCGAAAACGAGGAUCGUAGGGGGUGUGGAGUCGGCUCCUGGUGAUUGGCCAUUCCUUGCAGCUCUUCUUGGCGGACCUGAGCAGAUUUUUUACUGUGCCGGAGUUCUGAUCGCUGAUCAGUGGGUCCUUACAGCCUCUCACUGCGUGGGAAAUUACUCUGACGUAACUGGGUGGACGAUACAGUUGGGGAUCACCAGAAGACACUCUCACACUUAUCUCGGCCAAAAGUUGAAGGUAAAGAGAGUGGUACCCCAUCCAGAAUAUAAUUUAGGCUUCGCUCAGGACAAUGACGUGGCUCUUUUCCAGCUCGAAAAGCGAGUUCAAUUUCACGAACAUCUAAGGCCAGUCUGUCUGCCAACGGCCAAUACUCAAUUAAUACCAGGAACGUUGUGCACUGUGAUUGGUUGGGGCAAGAAAAACGAUACCGACACCUCCGAAUACGAAUUGGCUGUGAACGAAGUUCAAGUUCCGGUUUUGAACAGAAAAGUGUGCAAUUUUUGGAUCGCGUACAAGGAAAUGAACGUCACCGAAGGAAUGAUAUGUGCAGGAUAUCCGGAUGGAGGAAAAGACGCGUGUCAGGGCGAUUCUGGAGGUCCAUUGUUGUGCCAGGACGAACAAGACAAGGAGAAAUGGUUUGUCGGUGGAAUAGUGAGUUGGGGUAUAAUGUGCGCUCACCCAAAAUUGCCAGGUGUGUACGCUUACGUGCCAAAAUACGUACCCUGGAUACGGAAUCAAAUAGCCAAGUAUUCUGAAAUAAGUAUGGGUUAAUCACGAAAGGUAAAAAUCACGAAGAUGAUGACGUUUGUAAAUCGAAGAAGUCAUCCCGCUGAAGAGAUUAUCGAGAUAUUUAAUUAAGACAAUAAUUUAAACGACAAUAAGCUUAGUUGAGAAACAGUUAUAGGAGCUACGUUAUAGAUCUUCGAAGAAAGAUAUUUUCGAGAUAUUAGUGAUUAUAUACUUAGAUAGGCGAGAUUAUUCAAACUGUUUGCGUUGACCUAUUAGCUUACCAAGGAUUCAACUUUGUUACAAAAAGAAGAAUAAUCGUAAUUCACUUGAUACAAAUUCCCUUUUGAAUAAUAUAUUUUGAAACGUUGUACAACUGGUGAUACUUUAGAAGAUUAUCAUUCUCUGUGAAGACAAUACGAUCUCAAUCACGAUAGAUGCCUCGAGUUCAAAGUAUUCUGUUUAACCACGUGAAAACUUUUCUCCUUUCAACGAGUAUUUUUACUACGAACUCGUAACUUUCUAAACGAUGAUAAAUCUGAUAUGAUGAUACGUGCAAAUAUGUGAUGAGAAGUUGAUCGACGUAGAUUUAAACAAAAAUAUUUCGUGAUCUUUUCGAAACUCUAUGACAAUAGGUUUAUAAAGGUUUAUCACAAAUUUUUGCAUCCUAUUUCCAUUUCUACGCAGUGCACACCUUAAAUUAGACGAGUCGAUCGAUGAUUCCCUGUCUACGUUGAUCAAUUUUUAAAUAACCUUCUCUCACUUACGAAUAAGAAAUUUAGAUAAGAAUGCAAAAGUAAAGGUGAAAUAAGAGGAAACAUACUAUGGAGGAAGAAAGCUUCAGACAACGAGCUCUCGUCGCCAUUUUCUAGAAAGUCAACGCCCGCUUCUAAACUCUAAAGAUAAAACUCGAUGUAAUUAUUAAGCGAAACUGUGCAAAUUUCCUCAUCGAAAUUAGAGACAAAAGCGAAGCAAAUACAGUCAAAAUUUCCGCAUCAGAUGCGAUAAAAUAAAAUAAGAAAAAGAAAAAAAAAUAUAAAAAAAUAGAAUUUUCUAUCGCCAUCUGUUUUUUUGGAAAACAGCGUACGUGCCACCAAGUGGUCGAUAAUCACGUUUCAAAGGGGUGUGCGUUUGCUGUACAUUAAGAAGAAGUUUCUCUGCUCUAUCACGAAUUUAGAAACUGUGGCAGCUUAAAAAUAAGAGGAGAUUAAAAGGAUUUGUUUUUUUUCUUUUUUGUAAGAAAAAUGAAAGAUUGAAAAAUAUUAUGGAUACUUUUUUACGAGUUUUACCAACGCACACCCAAAGUAAGUGAAAUUCUGUGCACAUACUGCAUCAGAUGCAUUUGUGCACUUAUAAUAAACGUUUCGUGUACCUAUAAGAGAUUAAUAUAGAUCGAUAUUAUCGAUAUUAAAUUAAGAUGUAUGUUUGUUAAUGUAGGUAUAAAUUAUAAUAUACAUAUACGUGUUUAGCGUUGCGUGUAUUAACUGUAUAUUAUAAUGUAAAGUACGUGUGUAAGUAUA